GUCGAAAAUUGUCAAAUAGUUGCAGGGAAUUGCGAUGGCGUUUCGCCGAAGAAACAAAAGUUACCCUUUCUUCAGUCAGGAGUUUCUCAUCCAGAACCACGCCGACAUCGUUUUCAGUUUGGUGAUUUUCAUUUUGAUUGGACUGAUGUUCGAGGCAACAGCAAAGACGGCCAUAUUGUUUAUCCAGCCCCAGUACAAUGUUACCACAUUGACUCCAGAUGGAGAAGUGACAUUGUAUCAUUACGGAUGGAAGGACUGCGCCACCAUCCUCUUCUACUUCUUUAUUACCAUCAUCCUGCAUGCAGUGGUGCAGGAGUAUCUACUAGAUAAAAUCAACAGACGCCUCCAUCUUUCCAAGAGCAAGAACACCAAGUUCAACGAGUCAGGUCAACUCUGUGUAUUUCAUUUGGUGUCCAGUGUGUGGAGUUUCUACAUCCUCAUUACUGAAGGAUAUGUUUUGCAUCCCAGCAGACUUUGGGAAAACUAUCCACAUGCACACCUCAGGUUCCAGGUCAAGUUUUUCUACCUCACUCAGCUAGCCUACUGGCUCCACGCUUUGCCUGAACUCUACUUCCAGAAAGUGCGCAAGGAGGAGAUCCCUCGUCAGCUGCAGUACAUCGGCUUGUAUCUGCUGCACAUCUUGGCGGCGUAUGUGCUCAAUUUGAACCGCGUGGGUUUGGUGCUGCUCUUCCUCCAGUACGUCUCCGAGCUGGGUUUCCACAUCGCCAGACUCUUCUACUUCACAGACGAGAACCACCAGAAAAUGUUUGACAUAUGGGCGGCCAGCUUUGUCAUUACUCGCAUGUCGACGCUCACGCUCAUGUUUCUCGCCGUCGGGUUCGGUUUGGCCCGCUGCGAGAACCAGUUGCUGGACUGGGAGACCGGCAAUUUUAACACUCUCCUCAUCAGGAUGACUGUUCUUCUGCUGGUAUGUGUGACACAAUCUUGGCUCCUCUGGAAGUUUAUCCGCUUCCAGCUGAGGCGCUGGAGGGAGUUUCGACAUGAGCAAGCCGUCCGCAAAAAGGCCGCCAGCAAACAAGCUCUUCGGCCAAUGAAGCGGGACUCUCUCGGGCAUUAUGAAAAUGGAGUCCUAAAAGCCGAGAACGGAACCUCUCCUCGGAUCAAAAAACUCAAAUCCUCCUAAGGAAACAUUCAGACUAGCAGAGCAGUGGUCCGGUCCAAGCUGAGAUCACCGAACACAAAAGGGGCGAGCCGGUGUGUCCUGGGAUCCAGUUCCAUCCCGACACGCUCCCGGUGACUGUGUGACAACAAAUUUAGGGCUUGAAUGCUGGAAAAUGAAAUCCAAGGAAAUUUCUCGAGCCCAAGAGACAUUUACUCUCCUCAUCAUAUCUAUUUUUGGACUUUUUUUUCCUUUUUAAUACAACCAAAUGACCAGCUUUCCCAUAUUAAGGAGCAAUCAUGCCAGCAAAAUGCCAGAAGUGUACAAACACAGUAUGUAGCACAUGUUACUGUGUAGCAACGUUUGAUUGUAUGCAUGUAAUCCUCGUUACCAAGUACUGUAUUGCUCGUUUGAUUGCCUUUGACCCAGCUUUGCUUCUUUUUUCCCCCAGUCUGGUCCGUUGAGAGUAGCAAAAAAAAAAGUUACAUGAUACAGGAUUGUUGCAAGUCGGCCGUAAUGUUCGCUCAUAUCAUGUCGAAG